AUGAAUAUGCAACCCGUGGCGACGGAGAGCGCCGAUCGACUCGCCAUCAAACCAGCCGUGACGAUCAGUAAUCCGAUCCUGGAAGCGUUUCCGGAAGAAACUCAACGACGAAGAUUUCCAAACUCCAUGCUGCAGAAACCCUUAGCAUAUUUGAUCCAAAUUACAUCCAAAUCGAAAGAUAAUAACUCGCCCUCGCAAUACUUUAUUAAAACUAAGCACAUGGUAUGUCGUCAGAGUGAUUCAACAACUGAAGUUUCAAUUAAGCCAAUUUAUACAACUUCUAAAACAACGAUGACAAAUGACGCUAAUGUUAAUCGGAAUUUUAGUGUAACAGAUGAACGUGGCAAUAAUAAGAUUCUUGGAACAAACCAACGCAGAAGACAAGGUUCGGCUUAUCAAAAAUAUUAUGAUAAAUAUUUGAAAAACUUAAUAACUUCAUCUACGAUGAAAGCGUCGACACAAUUUGCAGUUGAUACACAAACUUCAACAGCAUUAAAAAAUACUUUUUUAAAAAAUAUUAAUAAGCAUAAAGUUACCGAGGCUUGGCAAACCAAAAAGAGGAAUACCCUGGAAGUUGUAACUGAAUCUAUUUAUUCUGAUAUGUUCAAUAACACUUACAGUCAAUCAAAUUUACGAGAAAAUUCUAUUGAAACAAAAAAUAACAAUCCGAAUAAUAAAAAAAGUUUUUUUGAAUAUGAGGUAAGAAAAGACAGUAAAGUUUCAAAUUAUAAUAAAAACCUGACACGUCGUGUCACGCCAUCUAAAAGAACAGUUCCUGUAAACACAAUUAAAACUAAAGAGUAUAAUAUGACGAAUAUGAAAUAUGAUCGAGAGCAAAAAAUAGCUUCACCUGUUUUAGAAGAAAUGUCCGCAACAGUAAAACCAAACAAAAAAGAUUAUUCUUCGAUAAAGACAGAAAAAUUAUUAUAUGAAUUCAAAUCGCCAAAGGCUAAAAUACGUCGGUAUUUUCCAGCAAUUAACGUUGACGAUGUCGAUAUAAUAUCAAAUCUUUCAACUUCAAAUCAUAACGCGAUUCAGCAAACUAAAGGUAAUAAAAAGUAUAAUAAAACGCACAAACGAUCAAAUAUUUCUUUCGAAAACAUUUACAGAACUAACGACGAAAACUUGAUACAAAGUGAUGAAAAGAUCGAUUCCGGAUUGAUAAAUUCAGGCGAGACGCCGGAAUCAAGAACUGUAGAAAAUACAAACAUUAUAUCGAAGAAAUCGCAAGAAUCCAGAGAGAUUUUUGUAGAAAAAUCUGUGGAUGAUUUCGACGUUGUGCUGUUCAAUUUUACGACAACGAGGGCUCCCGAGAUCGUCACGCGGGAUGCAAACGAAUCCAGAGAGGAAACAUCCACUGAAAGACACGGUAAACGCAAGCACAAAAGUCGUCAUAAUGAUCGUGAGAACAAUAGACCCAAGAAAAGGAAGAAGAAUCAUGCGAAACGUAAGAGGAAACCAACAUCGACAUCCGUCGCUUGGAAAGUCGACGAGUCAACGAGUGUCGAUUAUGGCAACGUUUAUAGUUCAGAACGGGCAAAGACGUUGUCCCUUAAUGAUCCUUGGUAUAACAAAGCUGACGGUAAUCGUAAUACGAGUACUGGUGGAAACGACUGGUAUCUCACUGAUGAAAUUACAACGGAACCUUUUAAAACCGAAUUCUCUAACGCUGAUGAUUUCGUUUCAAAACACUCCACGGAAAACAGCAUCCACGACGAAUUUCAAUCGGAAAAAACGAAUGUGGAUCUCGUUACCAGUAGCACCGUAUUUUAUUCAACAACGUCUAAUAAAAAAAUUUCUAAAACUUGUAAAGUACUAAUUACAACUACUACUGAGAGCAACUGGCUUAAUUGGUUGACAAAUUAUGAUAAAAAGACAGACAAGGAAUCAACAGAAUGUGAAGAAGAUGUUAAUUUGUUUCCAACCACAAGUGAUUCAACAGAAGAAGAAACAAGCUAUUACAGUACAUCUGUCAGUGAUUAUUAUUCAAUAUACGAUACAAUAUCUACAUCCGAUAGUACUACUUCAUUUUGGAAAUAUUCCAACAAAGAAAAUAAGAAGAUAAAUAAUGAAGAAACUAGCACAAUACAUAAUAUGAUUAAGGAUGGAGAAAAUAACGAGGAAAAAGUGAUGAUAAAUAAAUCCAUGUUGAAUGAAGAAAGUGAUAAAAAUAAUGAAGGAACACAAUCUUGGGAAAGUACUACGCGUUCUGGAGGCACUACGUACAAUUGGGAUCUCAAUAGUGAAGACGACAGAUUGGAGAAAUCAACAUCCGAUGAGGACAACGAAAUCGAUAAUGAUAUCACGGAGAUCAUAGAGGAUUACGAGAUCGAGAAUUGUAACGAGACUCAGCACGCUUGCGAUAAAUAUACAUGUAUCGAUGAGGACCAGGUGUGCGACGGUAUCGUAGACUGUCUUAACGCCAAUGACGAAACCGACUGCGAUUACAUAUAUUCUAAGAGGUGGGAAGAGCAUCAGAGAGUUAAUAACAAACGGAUUGAAUCCACUUCGAACACUGUUGACGACACGUCGCCUGACAGAUGCAGCCCUUAUGGGCAUCCUUGCGACAACAUGUGCAUAGAAUUAUUGCAUGUCUGUGACGGCAAGAGAGACUGCCUGGACGGUACGGACGAGGAGAACUGCACCAAAGGUUUGGCCCCUUGCCCUUCCACGGACUUCACCUGCGGGGAUGGCUCUUGCAUAUCGAAGAGCUCGGUCUGUGACGGAUUCGACGACUGCCCCAGGGCAGAAGACGAGCUUUAUUGCGAGCGGGAAUGCACGCCUAACCAGUUCAAAUGCGCCACCGGGAACAAGUGCAUCGAGGACGUCUACAGGUGCGACGGCCAUCCGGAUUGCCCAGAUCACAGCGACGAGGACUGCGCCCCGUCCGCUAACGACACUACACACACCACUUCGCCUACCACCAAAUGCCCCGACGGUCAACUACCCUGCGACAAUGGCGUCUGUAUCAAUAAGAACUUCUUCUGCGACCACAAUAUCGACUGCCAUGACGCUAGUGAUGAACGAAAUUGCCCGGAUAGUGAAGAGACCGGCAGUUCAGGCCAUGAAUGCCACGAGGGUAGCUUCAUCUGUAGCGAUGGCAGCUGUAUACCUCCAUCUGCAGUGUGCGACGGGCGUGCGGAUUGUCCGCACGACGAAGACGAGAUCAACUGUCGUCGAGGAUGCACUCGGGACCAGUUCCAAUGCGCCAAUGGAGAUUGCAUCCGCGCCGAUCAGAGAUGCAACGGAUUUAUCGAGUGCUCCGACGGUUCCGAUGAGCCGGAAGAAUGCGAACCAAAGCCAACACCAGGUCUAUGUGCUACGGAUCAAUAUAUGUGCAUUUCGGAUAGAAGAUGCGUCCCAUUGUCCUCCAUCUGUAACGGAAUUCCAGAAUGCCGAGAUGGGUCCGAUGAACAUAAUUGCGCAUAA